AUGUUUGUACUUCAAAAGAUUCCUUUUCCUCUGUCAGUUACUGCAAUAUUACUUUUUAAUACAUACAUAUCUUUAAGAACAAAAACAGAUAUACAACUACCUGAAAAUAUCUCAAAUAGAAUAUUUUUAUAUGUAAAUAUAAUCACAUUAUCAUAUUAUAUCAUCUUUUUGAUAUUAAUUUUUUACUUUAUUAAUUAUCUUUCAUAUUUUAAUCUAAUUUAUAUUUUAUAUGCCUUAUAUUGCUUUUAUAAAUCAGAAGGAAUGUAUGAGAGGAUAUGUAUAGUAUUAAGUCUUGUACAUGUCAUGUACAAUUUAUAUAAAUUAACUAAUAGUAAAAAUACCAAUGAAGAUAAUAUAGUUACACUAGAUACACAUUAUAUAAAAGUAAAUUUAAGUUUUUUUAUCUUUGAAGUAUUAGAUUACUUUUCUUUAAUUAAAAUUGAUAGUGGAUGGAAAUCAAUAAGAAAAGCAUUAAUAUUUUUAGCCUCAAAAUCUACAAAAUUAGUACCGAUAUUAUUAGUAACUAAUGUAAUAAUACAAAUACAAUGUAAAUUAUACAGUAAUUUUUAUACAGAUGUUCUAUUAGAGUGGAUAUUUGCAUUUUUAAUUUAUCUACUAAUUAUAAAUUACUUUAUUCAUAUGUCAAUUUAUGCAUGUAAAAAUCUUAUAGUAUCAGAUAGAACUUACAAGAUAGAAAUGUGUUUAGCAAAUAUUAUGAUAUCACUUUUUAAUUAUGUUUAUAUUUUAGAAAGAAAAAAUAAGAAAAAUAUAGAAAUUUCUAAUAUCUUAAUUCUUAUGGGAUAUUUUUAUAUGUUAAUUAUAAAUAGAAUAUAUAGUAAUAUUAUUUAUAAUGAUUAUAUUAGAAAUAGUAUAUUAUUUUAUAGUAGUACUAUAAUAUUCUCAUUAAGUGUGAUUUGUAUAUCCUUGUCGCUGAUUGAACUUAAAGAGAUGUAG